AUGAGCCCAUCUGACGUGGAUAGUGAAAUCGCCAGAGCCUUUCAGAUGUGGGCGGACGUGACCGAUUUGACCUUCGUCCAUGUCAACAAUCAAUCGGCUGACGUCGACAUCGACAUCCUUUUUGCGUUUGAAGAACACGGUAAUUGCCCAGCCUUCAAAGAUAGCCCGAGUGAUGUUUACGCUCACGCUGCAUAUCCUAUAAACGGAGGUGGUGCUCAUUUUGACGAAGGCAAAACCUGGACGCUCAACUCUAAUAAAGGGACCAAUUUAUUCCAGAUAGCUACUCACGAGUUCGGCCACUCUUUGGGUCUGGAACACACAAACGUGACCAAGGCCGUGAUGUUUCCGUAUUACAAGUACAGCUCUGAUUUCAAACUAGACAACGAUGACAUUGAAGGGAUUCAGGAACUGUACGGGGAGAAUCAGUUGAGGAAAAUGGCAAUUGAAUUAAAAGGUACUAUCAAAUAUGUUGUUAUCAAGAACUUGAUGACUGUUCAUUUUACAGCCAGCACGAGAGAGGAAUGGGAGAAAGCGAACAGCAAACUGGAAGCUCAAAUGAAAGCAGAAACUAAGCAAGACUUGAGAGUAAGCAGGAACUGGCGAAAUUUCAAAAUGGAAUUGGCGAAAACGACGGCCGAUAUCAGCAAAACCGUCAACGAUUUAUCAACAAAAUUAAAUGUGAAUUCGCAACGAUUCGGUAACGAACUAAAAACUGCCGAAGACAACCUGAGAAAAGAUCUUGGAGGUGUAUAA